GAGGAAUGGGGGAACCUGAGAGCGUUUCAGAAACGGCGCCCGUUGACGGUCGCACCAGUAAGCCCCGUGCCUCCAAGCGCAGCUAACCCGAAAACGAUUUUCUCCCGCGUGCGCUACGCCACCGUAGCCGUAGCUUGAAAUUCGAUUUUUAUUUUUGUUUAUUUUGCAUUCGGUGAAAGUUCCCGUCUGAAAUGAAACCCUGAGGAACGCCUUCCGGACGACGAAAUGUGGCCGCCGACCCUACUAUUCUUUUUUUGCUCCUUCUUUUUAUGCCGCCAAGAAGCAAUCGCCCUAGAAUUACAAGGUUUUGGAUGUACGGCGGAUUCAUGUCGAGCAAGUAUACAAAGUGUAAGACCAGUAUGCGGAUCAGACAGCUUUACAUAUCCAAAUAAGUGCAUAUUACAAUUAGCACAAUGUUACGACAAAACGUUAACACAAUUAAAUAAAGGGCCAUGUCGCACACAUACUCCAUGUACAGAAUACAAUAAAACCUCCCCGAAUAGUAUAUUAAAUCCGCAUUGUCGGGCCGAUGGAAACUACGCAUCUGGACAAUGCAGCAGCAUUUUGGGUUAUUGUUGGUGCGUAAACAGUCACGGGGUCCCAUUAGAUUAUACGAUGUCUCAAUAUUCGCCGGAACAAAAACAAACAUGCGCCCGAAAGAAGAAGAACAACAAACGGAGAUCGUCGUCGAGGAACGGAAGGAGAUUGAAUCAACCGUGUAAACGAGAGGAUAAAGCCAAGUUUAAUUUGAAUUUGAUUAAAAUCUUCCAAACGGAGUGGAAUCGAGAUGGAGGAAAAGGAACGUCGACGUCGUCGUCGUCGACGGAUGACGAUUUUAGAACGGUUUUAGAUUGGAAAUUUAAACAAAUGGAUCGGAAUAACGAUGACCAAUUAGAUAAAACCGAAUACAGGGAUUUGAAAAAAAUCGUUAAGAAAGCCGUCAAGCCGAAACGUUGUGCUAAAAGUUUUGCUAAAGCUUGUGAUAUGAAUCGGGAUCAACUUAUUGGGAGAGAAGAAUGGGCUGAUUGUCUUACUAAGGAUGGAAGAGACGUUUUUUUGCGUCUGUUCUUGUUGCUGCGGGUAGACGGCAGUCCAGGAUCCGAUAACACAUCCUCGGGAGAUAGCGACAGAGAAGAUCUCAUCACAACACCUUCUUCUACUUUAACACCACCAUACGUUUUAAAACCAUUUAUACCAGAUGAAGAAUCUUCAGAACCUUCCGAUGAAGAUGCCGUCGAUUGUAGAAGCGAUCGUCAAACGGCAUUAAGCGAAAUGAGCAACGAACACAGCAAAAAUGAUUUGUACGUUCCUGAAUGUACGAGCGAUGGGAGGUAUCAAAAAAUACAAUGUUACAAAUCGACCGGUUACUGUUGGUGUGUCCAUGAAGAUACUGGAAAAACUAUUGCUGGAACGACAGUUUUAAACGCAACCCCAAAAUGCGAUCAAAUCGCGCCUCCCAUUGGUAUUCUUAAAGGAUGCCCGGAAGAUCGAAAAAAAGAAUUUUUAAGGGGGUUAAUUCGGUUUCUUCACGAUAAAAUGGAUCGAGAAUUAAACGGAUCAAGUAUAGCAAGUGCAAACAGACCGGCUUGGAAUACAACGAAAGAAGAACAAGUAGCGUCUUGGAGUUUCGUAAUAUUCGAUAAAAACAAAAAUAAGAUAUUUGAAAAACACGAGUGGAAGUUUUUUAAAGAUACCAUAGCGGCCGUUCGGAGUCUUAGAAGAUGCGGAAAAAAAUUACCUAGAUAUUGUGAUAAAAACAACGAUCGAGGGAUUACAAUGACGGAGUGGUUGGAAUGUCUUCAAAGAAGAGAUCCAGCUUUUAUGGAAAUCUUGCGAGAAGAUUAAAAGUAAAAUAAAGGGAAACAAAUAGCACGAACAUUGUGAUUGUACAUAACAAUAUAAUAUAAGACAAUAUGGUUCUUCUUAUUAGUUUUUUAAAUAAGAUGCUUAUUUAUUUUUUACUUUACAAAAAAAAAUAUUAUUCUUUUAACGUCUACUUACCCCACUCUAAUUUUUACGUGAUUGUGUAAUAAUGUGUGCAUUGUAUAAAUCUUCCAAAAAAAAAUUAAAAUUAAAUUGAAUUAAUUAAGAAUUAAAAAGAAAUAAUCUUGUUGAUACCUUUGUAUUUUAAUAUUCUCUUUGUAAUAAGAUAAAAAUAAACGUGCGUCUAUUUAAAGCCUUA